CGGUCAGACUCGUAAUCCCGGAAAAGUUUUCACCUUUUCCCUCCCACCUCGCCUCGCCAUGCUCACCUCGCCCUCGUCUCCGAUCCACUCCUCCUCCUCCUCCACCCGCCGCGCCAUGAGCCCGUAGCUUACGUGGCAGCAGCGAGAAACCAUGGGCAGGUCAAGAGGCAAGGAUGGCGGCGGGAGGUCGUUCCCGUCGCCGGCGUCGUCGUCGUCGGCGUCGUCGUCGGAGUUCGAGUUCACGGUCACGCUGUCGCCGGCGUCGAAGCAGAGGUCGGCGGCGCAGCUGUGCCCGGCGGACGAGCUGUUCUACAAGGGCCAGCUCCUGCCGCUGCAGCUGUCGCCGCGCAUCUCCAUGGUGCGCACGCUGCUGCUCUCGUCGGCGUCGACCUCCUCCGCGUCGGCCUCCGACUCCACCUCCAACUCGUCCUCCUCCCGCGACUCCAACGGCAGCACGUCGUCGUCCUUCUCCGCCGACUGCGCCGCGCUGCUGCUCCCGGACUCUGCCGCCUCCUCCUCCCGCCCCAGCUCCGCCACCGAGGACGACCGCCACCUCGCCCCGCCGCCGCCGCCGCCGGGUGUCGCUGCCUCGUUCGCCGCCAAGCGCACCGGCAAGCAGUACCUCUCGUCGUUCGCCACCCGCUUCUCCUCCGUCUUCCACCGCGGCGGCGCCCCCGCCCCCGCCGCCGCCGCCGCCAACGCCAAGAAGCCGCCGUCCAAGUCGCUCGCCAAGGAGGUGAUCAAGAAGUACGCCAAGAAGGUGAAGCCGCUGUACGAGAAGCUCUCCCAGAUCCCCAAGAAUCAGAGCAACAGCAGCGGCCAGCCGCUGCAGCAGCAGCAGCAGCAGGGGUUGAAGAAGCCGUUCAGCUUCUCGAUGCGCAAGAAGCGCGGCGACGACGACCACGCCGCAGCGGCCCCGGCCGCGGCGGCCGCCGUGGCCGCGGAGGUGGGCGGCGGCGGCAAGUACGCGCACUCCAACUCCUUCUCCGGGAACCUCCGGUUCCCGCGCCAGAAGCGGUGCGCGGCGAGCUGCCCGUCCUCGAUGCGCUCCUCGCCGAGCCACUCCGGCCUGCUCACCUUCGGCGGCGCGGGCGGCGUCGGCUUCCCCGACGUGCCAGCCGCCGCCGCGGCGGCGAUGUCCGGCGGCAUUAGCGUGGGCCCCGUGUCGCUGUCCACGGCGUCGUCGAUGGAGGAGCUCCAGAGCGCCAUCGAGGGCGCCAUCGCGCACUGCAAGAGCACAAUGGGCGGCGCCGUGACCAUGUGCUCGCGCAAGGCGGCGGCGGCCGCCGACGAGAUCUGCGCGUUCUGAGCGCACGUAGGAUUCGGGCGGGGACGAAGCUAAGUAAGGCGGUUUAAUCGAUAGCAUUAUGUGUUAAUUUUAUGUGUUUUGUUAAUUAAUUUUGUGUCCUCCUGGUAAGACUAUUAAGUAUGAUUAUGGUGGUAAAUAAGGGUAGUUUCAAGGGGUAAAAUGAUAUUUGGAGCCUUUGGAAUUUUGAUAUCUCCCUUUAUUCCAAAAAUAUGGAAUUUGCGUCGGCGCCCUCCAAACAUAUCCUCUCAUUGCAUCAAGGACAAAAAUUUAAGUUUAUGAGGCUAGCAAACUCAACUAGUCAUUAAUUCAUAAGGAGAAAAUUCAGUUGGAGAUAUUUCCAAAUGUCUUCUGUUUUGGAAUUAGGAGGAUUGAUGUGUAUGAUAUCUUUUGCUACAUAAACAACAAUUAGAACCUGCCUUUGAAAGAUUAUUAUAUGGCUGGGAAAUGGAUUUCCCAAUUCGAGAUUUGCCGAUUAGAAUCCAUGAAAGUAGCUGGUCCAUCUAGUGGAGUGUCCCUACAGACUUUUGGAGCACAAAGCUGCCAAUUUUCUAUGAUGGAGUCUUCAAAAAAAAAACUUUCUAUGAUUGAGGGUGUUGAUGCAGGUUUCAUUUCCUGGAAAAGGGAUUUGCAAAGUUCCUUAGGUUAAUUAGAUCAGGUUUUGGAAUCUGAUGUGGCAGUCUGAGCAAGUGCUGUCAUUUUCUUUUUGUUGUGAUUUUUGUCUCAACUAUCAAGACAAGUGUUUAUUAAGCUAAUUCUAAUAUAAUUUUGGCUUUUGUACUUUCA